UAGGUAAUUAGAUAGAAACGGUAGAAAGAGUUUUAACGUUUUAUGACUUUAUCCUGCUCUUUUGUUGGUCUUUAUAUAUUACCACCCUUUUCACGAUCGAUUUGCUCUAAUAUCUUCUCCUUUCAUAUCAUUUCACCUCCACCAUGGACGAAAAAGAAGCGCCACCUCAACCACCGCCGACCGCCUUUCCUCACCACCACUUCUCUCCUUCAACUACAUGCAUAAACUGCGGCGGGCCCACCGCCUACCCUACGCCACCGCCGCCUUCCUCCAACCCAACCUAUAUCCCCAUCCGCUUCCCGGCCGUCAAUCUUCCUACGAAUCCAACCAACACCAAAGAAGCCAUUAUGCGAACUCCGGUGCCACAGUCCCAAAAAGUGGUCCCGCUUCAACCACCUUACAGCUUCCAAACCCCAGUCAAGAUAAUCUCCAGCCAGAACGACAUCGUCCGGCUCCACUCCUCUCCUACUUUCGCCAACUUCCUCGGCUUCGUCGUUUCCCUUUCCGAAUCCAUCAAAUCUCACAAGCUCUCUGAUCCCUGCCACGUGUCUCCCGCCGUCUGCACGAUCGUUGAUGUGAUCGAGAAGCUAAUCGCGUUCGUCGAUGAAAUUCCUCCGGUACCCCAGUCUGCUCGCUACGGCAACGUGGCGUACCGGACGUGGCACGAUCGCAUGAGCUCUGAUGCUGAGUCGUUUAUGCUGCUGUUGCUUUCUCCCGAUCUUCGUGAUGCGGCUGUUGAAUUAGUGCCCUAUUUUACCGACAGCUUCGGCAAUUCAAGUCGCAUUGAUUACGGUACUGGUCAUGAAACAAACUUUGCAGCAUGGUUGUACUGCUUAGCGAGAUUGCAAAUAGUUAAAGAAGAAGAUUAUCAAGCACUAGUUUCCCGGGUUUUUGUGAAGUACUUGGAGUUGAUGCGGAAGUUGCAGUUGACUUAUUCUCUCGAGCCUGCAGGAUCCCAUGGAGUAUGGGGGCUUGAUGACUAUCACUUUUUACCUUUCAUAUUUGGGUCUUCACAGUUGAUUGACCACAAGUAUAUGAAGCCGAAAUCAAUUCAUAAUGAGGAUAUAUUAGAGAAUUUCGCAAGUGAAUAUUUGUACCUUUCAUGUAUUGUAUUUAUAAAGAAGGUUAAAAAGGGAUUGUUUGCUGAGCAUUCACCAAUGCUGGAUGAUAUUAGUGGUGUGCCAAAUUGGAAGAAGGUUAAUAGUGGGCUCUUAAAGAUGUAUAAAGUGGAAGUUUUGCAGAAGGUUCCUAUCAUGCAACAUUUUCUCUUUGGCUCCAUUAUCAAAUGGGAAUAAGCCUGAGGUCUUUUACCUACAAACAGGAUGGGAAUGAAAUUGGUGUAGUUGGAGUUCCAGGAUAAUUGGUGUAGUAGUACUUGUAUCCGCCACAAAUUUUUAUCGAGAUAACAUGUGUAAUGAUAUUGUAUCAGUAAAUGGUUAAAUAGAAUUUCAUCCGUUGCAUUACAGAAAGUUGAUGUUAUCUUUUCCUCAAUAAUAUGAUUAUUCCGAAUUAGAUCUA